GCUGCACACUGCUUCCCUACUGUAAGCCACCACAGCACGAGGAGCAGCCGACCACAUCCAACUGAAACCAUGCAGUCUGCCGAUGCCAAAUUCAACAAGAACAGCCUGCUCUUGGCUCUGAGAGGGUACAGCUCAGCUGUCAGUGACAUGGAGCAGACCGUUCUCCUGCCGAGCCUGCUGCGAGAUGUGCCCACUGACGAGGCGUGGGACUGUGAAGCUACAGAGGAGUCCUGCAGAGACCUGUAUAGCAACUAUCUGAUGCUCAAGGCCAUAAGAACCACGGCGGAGAGCAGCCUGGUUCUCCUGGACGACCACACGGCCAAGACCAACGCAGCGCUCGACAAGACCCUGGAGCCACUCCUGGACACGGAUCCUGAAACUCUCUUCCGCUUCCACCUGAUAGGACUGUUUUCUGUGAUGAAUGACCUCACCAAGAAGACUCAGAGCCUCACUGUGAAAUAUAUGGACAUCAUUGGAGUGGCAAAUUAGAAAGCGUUGUAAGAUAUGUGGAUUUCAAGCAAAAGAAAAAUACGGUGUUUGUAAAAGUGCUGUUUAUGUAGCAAAGUCACCUGAACAUGUCAAAUGUCAGAAGUGUUUACAUUCUGUGACCCAAUGCUUCUAUGGAACGAACAUGCAUUGUCAAUAAUGAUCAAUUCUAUCUCCUCACAACUGUAAUAGUCCCUUGGAAACUAUGUCUAGGAGAUAUGUCAAAAUGUUGAUUGAUUAAAUGAUCAUGAGACAAGA